GGGCGCCGCCUCAGAGGCGGCAGCGGCAGGAGCGGGAGCAGAGCCCCGGCACCUGCCCCUGCAGCAAACGGCUCCGCGGCGGCCGUUACCCACCGCUCCUUCCUCAGCCUCUCCCCGCCCAAGGGCGGGGGGCACGGGCCGGGCGGGCCAGGCACCCCUUCUUUCGGGAGCGGAUAACGGAGCGAGCGUCGUGGGGGCGAAGCGGAACCAUGACAGAGACCUUGGUGCUGCCCCCGGCUCCGGCCACCAAACCCAAACGGGCCAGGGCGGUGCGGCGGCCGGCGGCCCACCCUGCCUACUCGGUGAUGAUAGCGGCGGCCAUCCGCGCCGAGAAGAGCCGCGGCGGCUCCUCCCGCCAGUCCAUCCAGAAGUACGUGAAGAGCCACUACAAGGUGGGCCAGCAGGCUGACGCUCAGAUCAAGCUCGCCAUCCGCCGCAUGCUCGCCACCGGCAUCCUCAAGCAGACCAAAGGGGUCGGCGCCUCCGGCUCCUUCCGCCUGGCCAAGGCUGACAAGGCCAAGAAGUCCCCGGCCAGGAAGAAGAAGAAGGCAGCCAGGAGAUCCACCUCGCCCCGCAAAGCGGCUAGGCCCAGGAAAUCUAAGUCACCGGCGAGGAAGUCCAAGUCUCCUGCCAGGAAGGCCAGGAAGAAGUCGAGGGCCAGUCCGAAGAAAGCCAAGAAGCCAAAGACUGUUAAGGCCAAGUCGCUGAAGGCUUCCAAGCCCAAGAAGGCAAAGCGGUCGAAACCCAGAGCCAAGUCCAGCGCCCGGAAAUCGCCCAAGAAGAAGUGAGAAGUCUACAGGCGCUUCGGUACUCUCCCCGUUGGUUUCUGUAAAUAACUUUGCCGUUUAUUUUUACCCCUUUCUGUUGCAUUUUAUAAAGAAUUGGUCCAUUCCUGUGCGGAAACAGCUAAAACAAGGCAGUAAAUGAGAGAAAAAAGAAA